CAAAACUCAACGAUCUCAGUACGACAAUUCUUAAUUCUAUUGUGUAAUGAAUAUACAUAAUAUUAUAAUAGUAGAGAUUUUUAAACAGCAAUAAUUUUAAAAUAUUAAAUUUUUGGUUUUUGUGAAAGGUGAUAUUUCGUUAGGUUUCCCACUAGGUAUAUAGUUUAUACCAACUAAGGAUAUUAUUAACACUUAUGCUGAAGGCACACGAAAAUAUGCAUUUAGGGAUGAAUAUUUCAAAUGCAUUACAGCAACUAGAGAGCGUCAAAAUAGCUGUGGAUACGAGCGAUGAUCCAAAGUUGAAGGCUGCAACAAAUGAUGAUUUGAAUAUGCUUAUUAAUUUGCUUGAGAAUCCAAUAUUAAGGAGUAUAGUUACACUACAAGAUUCUGUGGCCAUGCUCGCUACUCAGGUUGCACAUCAUCCUUCUAUUAUUCCAGAUGACUUUGAUAUAACCCCUGCAGGUGAUCUUGCUUUACAAACAAGAAAUUUUUUUGGAAUACAUGAAGGAGAUGAAGAACAAAGAGUUCCUCAGGUUUCACCACCACAAAGCCUUGAAUUUGGUUCAUCUGGGGAGACUGAAAGAAUAUUAGGAAUUGAUACAGGAUCUGCUGUUGAAUCCCCAAAACAGAUUAGAGGUAUUUUGGAAAUAGCUAAAAAUGAUGAGUCACUGGCGUCUGCAAAUAGCAUUGUCAUUGGAGAUUGGGCACAGGUUGAGAUAAUAAACUUGGUGAAUGAUGGCACUGGUCUUGGAUUUGGUAUAAUUGGCGCCAGAACCAGUGGUGUCAUUGUGAAAACUAUUCUUGCUGGUGGCGUCGCUGAUCGUGAUGGGAGAUUAAAGUCUGGUGACCAUAUACUGCAAAUUGGAGAUGUAAGCCUCAUGGAAAUGGGGUCAGAACAAGUGGCAGGGGUGCUCCGUGCAUCGGGUUCUCGUGUCCGGUUGGUAGUGGCUCGUGGGGUAGACCCGGCGGCGUUGCACCCAUCAACCGCACCGGUCGUGCCGGCUAGACUUCUGUCAAGCCCUGAAGCUCUAGACCGCUAUCUCAUGGAAGCAGGUUUCGAGCAGGUAUUCCACACACAGCCGACACCACUUCCUGUCAAUUCGGCUUCAACAAGAUUUGUCUUCGAUAAAUCCAUCACUCCGCCGCCAGAAAGCGACGCAGAGUCACCUGAAGUAGAUAGGUUUACCGUGCAACUUAAAAAGGACGAAAAUGGAUUAGGUAUCACCAUAGCAGGUUAUGUGUGUGAAAAAGAGGAAUUGUCCGGGAUUUUUGUGAAAUCAGUGACCCCGGGUAGUGCGGCUGCUCUAAGUGGUAAAGUGCGAGUUAAUGACCGCAUAGUGGCAGUUGAUGGCGUCUCACUCGCGGGCAAAUCAAACCAAAGGGCAGUGGACGCCCUCAAGCAGAGUGGGAACAUUGUCACCCUUGAACUAGAGAGAUAUCUUCGUGGUCCGAAAUUCGAGCAACUCCAACAGGCAAUAGCGGCGGGUGAGAGCGCAGCGGCUGCAAUAACGAAUGUCAGCAAUCCCUUCCUGCACAUGCAUCGCGCUGAUAACUCUGAUUCCAGCGAACACCAAAUACAGAUGACACACCUUAAUACCACUUCAGAGACCAGUGUCGACGACGUGAGUGAGAGCGGUCGUAGCUCUGUGUCGACGAUACAGCGACCGCAGCCAGUCUUUGAGAUGCCGCGGACACAGGAGCAAAAGGACGCCAUUAAGAGGAAGUGGCAGGCCAUACUCGGUGAUGACGUGGAAAUAGUGGUAGGUGUGGUGGUCCGUGGUGGUGGAGGCCUGGGUAUUUCCUUGGAGGGUACCGUGGACGUGGAAGGUGGUAGAGAGGUCCGACCCCAUCAUUAUGUCCGGUCUGUCUUGCCCGAAGGACCAGUAGGGCGUGCACGUGUUCAUAGACCCGGAGAUGAAUUACUAGAGGUGAACGGCCACAGACUACUAGGCAUGAAUCACUUGGAAGUCGUAUCUAUUCUCAAGGAGUUGUCAAGUGAAGUCUGCAUGGUUUGCGCAAGACCUAGACCUACGCCAGCCAUAGACCUUACUCCGCCAGCACCUACGCUUGUUAAGGCAAAGUCUGAUGGAAGUCUGGCCGGCGCAGGCGCAGGUGUCGACGAUGGUAACACGGGAAAAGUUCGUUCGCGCAGUCUGGAACCACUAACGGGCCUGGCCAUGUGGGCUUCUGAGCCACAGAUUAUUGAGUUAGUAAAGGGCGAGCGUGGUCUAGGUUUCUCGAUCCUAGACUAUCAGGACCCGCUGCGUCCUGCGCAUACGUUGGUCGUUAUUCGCUCCUUGGUCCCGGGGGGUGUGGCUCAACAAGAUGGAAGACUUAUACCCGGGGAUAGAUUACUAUUUGUUAAUGAUCAGAAUUUGGAAAACGCAAGUCUAGAGCAGGCGGUAGCGGCUCUGAAGGGCGCACCGAGAGGCGUGGUCCGCAUCGGAGUGGCUAAACCUUUGCCAUUAGCUGACCAUCCGCCACCGCCACCCACCACACCUCCGCCAUCGGCUUAAAACCCCUGAUUACCGAGAUCUAUAUGAAUAAUUUAUUCACAAUGACUAGUUUAUGAAUGAGCUACUAUUAAAUCUUAUUUCAUAAAUUGAAUAUAAUUAAGAAGACAUCAUUGUUUUGUAACAGACCGUGUAGUAUAUGUCACUUUCUUUUUUAUUGCAUUUGGGCGCCGCCAUCUUAACAUAUAUAAUCCAUCAUUUUGACAUAUGUCAUCUGUCAGUUGUCGAUCUUGGCAGGUUCAGGUUUGAGUUUAACUUUUAUAGAAUGUUCUAUAAAAAUUUAUUAAUAAUUACAAACGAGUUUUGUAUAAAAAACUGAAAUGUGGCAUAAGUGUACAUUAGAGUGCCAAUUAUUAUAAUAGAGUCUGUAAAUGUCCAUAUAUCUAAAUAUUACUAUUAAAUUGUUAAAAUCGACAAAUCAUGACAAGAUUUUAUUGUAUCUUUGUUCUAAUCUGGCAAAGAACUAUUGCAAAUCUCUAAUUUAUAAAAAUAUAUAACGGUUAUUAAAUCUUUAUAGCCAUCAUAGUUUUGUACUUAUUAAAAUAAAAGCGUUAUCAGCAUUAUUUCAAAAAAUUAUAAAGAAUUAUUAUAAUUUUUCUAUGAUCAUUGGCUGACAUUACCAAUAUCGGUGGACUAUAAGUAUUAAGUAUUAUUAUAAGACUAUUAAUUGUUAUCAUUCCAA